AUGCCGGACCCGGCGAGCAUCACUGCGCACGUUCGCGCCCUCGCAAAACCGCAGACGGCGCAGCGGGCCGCGGAAGCGCUGCGCAUUCUGUCGGCGGAGGAAGCCGACCUCGGCUCCGUCGUCGAUGCCGGAGCCAUACCGGCACUAAUCAGCGUGCUGCGCGAUGGUAGUGAUGACGCCAAGUCGGUGGCCGCCGCAGCGCUCUGGAACAUCUCGGUGAACGACGGCUACAAAGUCGUGAUCGCCGAGGCCGGGGCGAUCUCGCCGCUGAUUUCUCUCGUGCGCGCGGGGAGCGCCCUCGAACAGUUCAAAGCCGCGGGGGCGCUGCGCAACCUCAGUCUUAACAAGGACAAUGCGGUGGCCGUCGCAUCGGCCGGCGGGAUCCCGGCGCUUGUUGCGCUCGUCAAGAACGGCAACGAUGACGGCAAGCGCUUCGCCGCUUCGGCACUGUGGAGCCUCUCAGUGUUGAAUACUAACAAAAUCGCCAUCCACCAAGCCGGUGGCAUCCCCGCACUUGUUGAUCUCCUGCGCGUCAGCGGCCUCGUUCAGGAGAAGGCGUCCGGGGCGCUGGCGAACCUCGCGUGCAAGCCCGACGUCGCGGUCGCUAUCGUCGAGGCCGGCGGCAUUCCUGCCCUGGUGGCCGUCGUGAGCCUGAGCAACAGCCGCGUGGCCAAGGAGAAGGCCUUGCGCGCGGCGUUUCACCUCGCGCACAUCGACGACGCGCACCGAAUCGCAAUGUUCGAGGCCGGCUCAGUUCCGCCGCUCGUCGCAGUGCUACGCGACGGCAACGACGUCAUGCGGGAACACGCGGCGGGGAUCUUG